UUGAGUGCAGCUCAAGCACUGGCUGAUUAUGCGCAACUGAUACCGUUUCUGAAAGCUGACAGCAAUGAGCUUGGGUCGUUCAAUUGCCCUGCUGGUACCAAUAUCCCUGUGAUUGCAUUCGGUGGUUCCUAUGGUGGCAUGCUUGCAGCAUGGUUUCGCAUGAAAUAUCCACACAUUGUCGAUGGGUAAGA